AUGGAUAAGGCAGAUCUCCAGGGGCAGACGGACGAGCUGUCAAAGAGGGAGCGGCAGGCGGGCUGCGAAACCCAGCGCUUCGCGCAUCGCGAGGAGGCCCUGGCGGAGCGCCUGCAGCUGGCCUCCCGCAGGGAGCAGAGCCUCCUGGAGCGCGAGACCGCCGUGGCGGCCCGGGAGGAAGACGUCACCAAUGCGGAGCGCGCUUUCCGAGAGGGGAUGCGGCGCUCCAGGCAGAGCUGCGAGCCCGCGCGGAGGGACAUGGACCGGGAGGCCCUGGAUGAGAAGGCCCGGAUGCAGGAGGAGCAGGACCAGCACCUGGCGGAGCGCGAGCGGCGGGUGGUGUGCUGCGAAGAGCGGUUUCGGGUGCAGAAGGCGGAAUGCAUGCGCCAGCUCAAGGAGCAAGAGGCUUCGUUGGUGGAGCGUGAGGAAAAGCUGCAGCGCAGCGUGCUUGCCGAGGAGAACGCGCGGCAGCUGGAGGCCGCUCCUCGCAGACGGCUGACCGCCCGCAAACAGAUUAGCUGA